AUGGCCGAAUCUACACUCAGCUUCGAUACGCCCGAGGCGCUCAGCCCUUUUUUACGCCGUACAAAUAGUGAUCCUCGACCUGUUGUUAUGAUGACUUGUGGACUGGCUGGGUCUGGAAAGUCAUCACUUUCUAAAUGGAUGUUAUCCAGUCAUCCCUCUUUCAAACGGCUCUCCAUUGACUUAUACAUAUACACCAAAUAUGGGCUUUAUGGUCUUGAUUACCCACAAGAUAAAUACAACAAAUAUCAAAAUGAGGCCGAGAGCGCUCUCCGACAUGAGUUAGUGCAGCUACUUCGACAUGGCUGUGAGGAUGUAAUCCUGGAUUUCUCUUUCGCAUUUCAAGAGACUCGAGAUCAAUGGAAGAGGCUGAUAGAAGAGGCUGGGGGCCGGUGGGUGCUUGCGUAUCUUGACGUCGGUGCUGAUGAAUUGCGGCGACGAGUCAGGGCAAGGAAUCAGUUGGCCAUCAAAGAUGGGGACUCAGCUUUUGUUGUGACAAAUGAAAUUCUAGAGAGCUUCAUUGCUGGAUUUGAGAGGCCUAUCAGGGAGGGUGAAGUUGUAUUAAAGUUAGAUACACUUUUGUGA